AUGGCACCGCUGUUGAGUCCAUCAGUGGAAGGAGAGGAACUAUAUUUGUACCUAGCAGUAACCCCGCAUGCCGUGAGCUCGGCAUUGAUAAGAGAGGAAGAUAAAGUGCAAAGACCUGUGUACUAUACAAGCAAGGCAUUGAAAGGAGCGGAAGGACGGUAUCCGCAAAUGGAGAAGUUGGCCUUCGCACUAAUCACAGCAUCACGGAAGCUGAGGCAUUAUUUCCAAGCACAUGUCAUUAAUGUUAUGACAGAUCAUCCUCUCAAAAAGGCAAUGAAUAGGCCGGAAGCUGCAGGACGAUUAAUCCAGUGGGCUGUGGAGCUAAGUGAGUUCGAUAUCAGGUAUCUACCAAGGCAUGCCAUUAAAGCUCAAGCCCUAGCAGAUUUUAUUGCGGAGUUUACCCCAAGUCAUAACGAGACAGAGGACAGUAAGAGAUGGAUCGUUCAUGUGGAUGGUUCGUCCACACGGCAUGCAGGAGGAAUUGGUGUGGUCCUGCAGUCCCCAGAGGGAGAUAAACUGAAACAUAAAGUCCUUCUACAGUACCAAGCGACAAACAAUGAAGUCGAAUAUGAAGCCCUCCUCAAAGGGCUAGAAUUGGCAAAGUCCGUGGAAGCAAAGUCCAUAUGUGUCAUGGGGGAUUCCCAACUGAUCAUGGGGCAAGUGAAUGGGACGUAUGAGGCGAAGGAAGAACGAAUGAAGAAGUAUCUUGGUAGGGUGAUGCGCCUUGUGAAAAGGUUUGAAAAAGCUGACUUCGUUCAAAUCCCAAGGGAGGAGAACGUGGAAGCUGAUACUAUAGCGAAGGAGGCCUCAGCAGACGAAUCAUUAGGGAAGUCAGACGAAGUUCAAUAUGUGCCAAGUAUAGAUGCCCAGGAAGUACAGCAGGUUGAUAACAAAGAAAAUUGGAUGACUCCCAUUAUAUCCUAUUUGAAAGACGGACGACUACCAGAAGAAAAGGACGAGGCCAGAAAGGUGAGGGUGAGGUCAGCUAGAUACGUCCUUAUGAAUGGAGUUCUAUACAAGAGAGGUUUCUCUCAACCUUACCUUAGAUGUUUAGCUCCGGACGAAGCAAACUACGUGCUGAGAGAAGUUCAUGAAGGGGCAUGUGGCAAUCAUUCGGGAGCAAGAUCACUUGUCCAUAAGGUCGUCCGUGCAGGGUACUACUGGCCGAACAUGCAAGCUGAUGCUAAAGCAUACGUUAAGGUCUGCGACCAGUGCCAGCGAUUCAGCAACGUCCCCAGGCAACCAUCGGAAUACCUCACCCCAAUGGUGGCACCGUGGCCCUUCGCACAAUGGGGACUGGACAUUUUGGGUCCCUUCCCUUUGGGAGUAAGGCAGAUGAAGUUUCUAGUGGUGGGCAUCGAUUACUUCACCAAAUGGGUGGAGGCAGAACCGUUGGCAAAUAUCACGCAACAGAAUGUGAAAAACUUCGUGUGGAAGAACAUCGUAUGCAGAUUUGGAGUGCCGAAGACUCGGCUUGAGGGGACAAAGGGAGUGUGGCCAGAUGAAUUACCAGGAGUUUUAUGGGCGUAUAGGACCACAGUGAGGACACCUACAGGAGAGACUCCUUUCAAACUAGCCUAUGGAAGUGAUGCAGUCAUACCUGCAGAAGUACAUAUGGCUAAUCAUAGGGUGAUGAUGUAUCAAGACAAGGAUAAUGAAGAUCAGCUUCGUCUGAACCUCGAUUUAAUAGACGAGGUAAGGACAAAUGCAGAACACCGGGCAGCAAAGUAUAAGAAUCUCAUGGCUAUGCAGUACGACGCGGUGGUGAAGCCUAGGCGUUUCAACAUUGGAGAUCUCGUCCUGAGAAAGUUGUGUUAUGGUUAUGGACGAAGUCAUGAAGUAUGUAUUUAUUAA